UGAAGAUCGGGAAAGGGAACUUCGGCCCGGCGCGACAGGUAGAGACGGAGGAGGGGAGGGCCCGGACGUUGGUCUCGCACUAACGAAAGCGACAAGGAGGGAGGGAGUGAGGAAGUGUGAGCCGAAAAGGGAGGUGAAGAGGAGUAACGCAGGCCAUUUACCGGUAUACGCGUCCCCUCAGUAACCAGGAUUUGAGUCAGUAUAAAACGCGUCCUCGGCCCUUUCCUCGCUCAGUGUAUCCGGGAGACGUGCCUGGUGGCGGAGGUGCUUGCUCGCGGUGAACUCGGUUGCGCUAUGAAGUCUGAGAAACGCUUAAAGUGUCUUCCCUCCCGCGGCGACGAUGACGGAGAGGCCAGACCUUGCCCACUGUCGCCCCCAAACUUGGCAUGGGCGCUGUGGCUCAAGUUGCGGGCCAUCCUCUCUGUGGUGGCUGUGGAGCCCGUCAUGCUACUGGACGGUCUCGGUUACUCCAUCAUGAUCGUGUAUGUAGAAAAUAUUCAGAUGGACAAAAUCUGCCUCGUCAACCUCAACUUAACACAAGAAGUAUGUGGCAACCUUUCCAGCUAUCCAGAAGAAAACAUUGCUAUGCAGCAAUACUUCAGCGUAUUUGGCAUGUACAACGGCAUAAUAAUGGCUUUCUUGCCUCUGUUUUUCAUCCUAUUCAUGGGCGCCUGGAGCGAUAAAUAUGGAAGGAAAGUUCCUCUCUACACAGCCACUCUGGGACACUUCUGUUGGGCCUUGGGCUACUUAAUUAAUUCUUGGGUGACGCAUUGGCCAGUAGAAUACCUGCUGGUGGCUGCCCUCAUGGACUCCCUUGGAGGCGGCACAGUCUCCUUCCUCACCGCAGCCAACGCCUACAUCAGUGAUGUGACUUCAGAGGAGUCACGGACGACAAGAGUCGGGCUGGCCAAUAGCAUAUGGUUCCUGGGCGGCCCAAUCGGAACAUUACUUGGAACAUACAUAUACAUGUACGGCGGAUACCAAAUCCUGUUCGGCACCUCAGUAAUGCUCCACUGCAUCUCUCUCACCUAUCUCUUCUUCCUGCCCGAGAGUCACGGACCCUUCGCCAAGAACAAGAUGUCAAAAGCUUGCAUCGAAAAGAGCGAAGAAGAAGAACAACCAGUUCGCCUGUCCUUCAAGAAGCCCAACGAGAUCGAGGAUGACCCCACCAGAAUAUCGAUAUGGAAGAUGUUCUUGGAUUUCUUCAACUACGAGAGGAUCGUGGACUCCUUCCGCUGCACAUUCAAGCCGAGGGGCGGAUUCGUGAGGAUCUUCAUCCUGCUCCUCAUUCUGUGCAAUCUUCUUCGCCGGCUGGGACGAGGCGCGUACAUGUACCUGUUCACCCGCAAGGUCCUGGACUGGAGGGAGACUGACUACGGACUGUGGGUCACCUACAAGAACCUCAUUGCUGCCCUCGGUUCCCUCGCUGCAGUCCCGCUCUUGUCUCAAGUCCUUAACAUGUCCGACAACUACCUUGCUCUAUUGGGCGCCUUCUCCUCCGUGGCUGACUACACCUUGUACGGACUUGUCUCCGAGAACACCGAAUUCUUGGUGUGGAUAGCUCCCACCGCAGCCCUCCUCGUCAAUUCGUGCGUCAUUGCCAUCCGCUCCAUUCUCUCCAAAUUUGUCACCGGUGACGAGUUAGGCAAGGUGUCGGCCGUCAUGGGGGCGCUGGACGGUGUUAUGCCUAUGAUCAGUUUUUCGCUGUACACCGCCAUCUACCACGCCACCGUCAAGGACUUCCCGGGCACCCAGUUCUUCUUCGGCGCUACAGCUAACCUUCUCAUGACCCUCAUAUUUAUCUUCAUCAUUGUGUUCAACACCACGCGCAGCUAUAGCAUCGAGGACCUCACGACUGUCGAGGGUUGUGACGCCGUAAAGCCCACUUCACUGAGGUUCUUCAGCGAGCGUCUCAAUAACCACCUCCGUCCAGGGGCAAACACUUUCGCUGAUCAGGACAGCGCCGACGCCCAACGAACCAACAUUGUUCUCUCUGGCGUGAACUUCCACCUUGGCACUCCUUCGGCAACGAAAAAGAUACUUAAGCCGAGUAAGAGUCAUACUUUAUCCGUUCUUAGUACUGUUUCUGAAAUGUCCGCCGUAGAGAGGCAGCGCAUUCAAGAGGAAAUAACGAAUCCUCAGAAAUACACCACAAAGUUGCCCUUGAGUUCCAAGAGAGAAGAAGGGGUAGGUGUUGACAACGCUGCCUACGUAACUUCUGAAGAUGAUACACAUGUCCCGCCCUCAGAAGCGGUGGCGGCUCAAAGCUCCAACAGUGCGGAGGCAGGAGCUGCCUGAAAUGUAUUCUUAACAAAUCAAGAAAGAAAAAAAAAAUUUUGCAUAGUUAGCGACCUCCUGUGUUGUCUCAUCAGGAAGUGACAAUACCUGCCCGCGCCCCAGGUCAGCUGGUGUCCGCGAAGAACACUGUGAUAUGCCUCUCUUGAAGCAGUGCGUUGUAGCACCGCUCCCAUAUGCCAGUACCCGCUCCUCAUACUCAUAAUGAAUACUGUGAACUGGUUUCACGCUGUCAUCGGUGCGGCAGAGAGGUGUUGACAGCUUUCAUGGUAGAACGUGGGUGUCUUUUUCAAGGUUAAUGACGUUAGUUCGUUCCUAGAUAUUUAGGGGUAUGAAUAAUAAAAAAAAUUGUUGUUGUUCUAAUUGACUGUAAGCAAAAAAGAGAUGAUUGAGAGAGAACAGUGCAGAAGCAGCAUUGAUGUGCCCGUAAGGUUCAUGGUGUGUCUGGAAGUGCCUGCAUAUGCAGACAAGUGCUUCAGAGCACCUUUGCAGAAGAUGACGAACAGACCACGUUUCCAUAUUAUUCUGCAUUAAGAAUUUUGCGUAUGUUUGAUGUAAUGUUAUAGAUUGUUUAAUAUCUUAAACAACAUUUAAGGUAAGGUUUGUUAAAGUAGUUCCAGCAUCAAUAUGAUACUCGAAUAAGAGACAAAAAAACAAAUGGAGUUGUUCAAAAUUCGUCCCGUAACGAGGGGAGCGUUGCAUACUAGAAGUUACGAAUAACGCUGGAAGAUAUGUAGCGUUGAGCGGCCUCGGAGUUGCUGGCUGCCCCUGCAGGAACCAGUCCAUCUUCAAUAUUGCUGAUGCCUGUGGGGAAGUAAUUUUGUGGACUGUGUGCUCUUAUACAUAUGUAUGGUAUUUGUAAUGCAUUUAGAAGCAGGAGCUGCCGACUGAGAAACAGUAGGUAGUAACACCCAGAAAACAACCAUGAAGCUAAUAUUUUCACGUGUGAGUUUGUUAUCUUUCGCCACAUGGCAAUGGGUGUGUGUUAGUCAGCGGCAUAGUAGUGGUCAUUCAGCUGUUCAAAACACUAGAACACUAUCUUUUGUCACUCGCUCACCUUUCACUAUUUUCCUCGCUCUACAUUUCCCCUGAACAAAAUCCUGCUGCCGCCCCUGCUGCUGCUGCUGCAAGCUAAAUUUGAAGGUAGAAUGAAUUAGUUCAGUUUGUGCCCUCUUACAAUUUCCUUAAUUUUAGGCAUUAAUAGUACUUCCUUGGUGGCUGAGCACGCCGGCCGCUGCGGUGGUGCUGACUGGCGCCUAUGACUGAACCAAACCACCACGCCAAAGUCUAGUCAUAGACCUGACCCUUCAUCACCUCAUAUGUGUGUUUCGUCACGAGGACCCGCAGUGCAGACUCUUGGGAGAACGGGUUGUGGGUCUUCCGUCAGUGAUGUGAAUCGCUACAUGUAAACUUUGUAAAAAAUUACUUUUGCCGCUUUUGUUGUCGCGUUAUUAUGCUGUGUAUUGACGGUGAAUAUUAAAGAAAAGGAAAUACAAAACA